AUGAACAAACUCAUCUUCACUUUUGCAAUUUCAAUCUUCCUAACCGUCGCCCUCGUCUCAGCUCGUCUAUUUCCCGACAUCCCAUCAUUAAUACCUCCCGUCAUCCCUCCCACCGGCGCGUGGGAUACUUUCCGCAACUUCACAGGUUGUCACCAUGGCGAAAACUACAACGGUCUCUCCAAUUUGAAAAACUACUUCCAGCGCUUCGGUUAUAUUCCCCACGCGCCGCCGUCGAAUUUCUCAGAUGAAUUCGAUGACGCGCUCGAAGCUGCUAUUAAAACUUAUCAGAAGAAUUUCAAUCUUAAUAUAACCGGUGAACUCGAUGAGAAGACUCUUCAUCAGAUUGUUUUGCCACGAUGCGGAGUUGCGGAUAUCAUCAACGGUACAACCACCAUGAACUCCGGCUGGGAGACAGAAACAACGUCAAACAGUGAGAGCAAGCCGCGGUUUCACACCGUGUCUCACUUCACUGUGUUUCCCGGGCAACCAAGGUGGCCGGUGGGAAAGCAGGAGCUGACGUACUCGUUCUACCCUGGUAACGAGCUUACGAAAACUGUGAAAAGUGUAUUUGCAACUGCGUUUGCGCGGUGGUCGGAGGUUACGACGCUGAAGUUUACCGAAACAGAGUUGUAUUACAGCGCUGAUAUUAAGAUCGGAUUCUUCAGCGGCGACCAUGGAGACGGCGAGCCGUUCGAUGGAAUUUUGAGGACACUCGCGCAUGCUUUCUCUCCAACUAACGGGAGGUUUCACCUUGACGCUGCUGAGGACUGGGUGGUUUCCGGCGAUGUGUCGAAAUCGGCGUUGUCAACCGCUGUUGAUUUGGAAUCGGUGGCGGUGCACGAAAUUGGGCACUUGUUAGGGUUAGGUCACUCUUCGGUGGAAGAGGCAAUUAUGUUUCCGACGAUAUCUUCACGGUUGAAGAAAGUGGUGCUGACGGAAGAUGAUAUAAAAGGAAUUCAAUACAUCUAUGGGAGUAACCCUAGUUUCAAUGGCUCCACAGCCAUGUCUUCGCCGGAGAGGAACUCCGGUAACAGUGGUAGCAGCGUCACAUCUCGGUGGUCCCCGUGGGGACUUUUCACUUUGUUGACAUUUGCGUUUUCGCAUUUGAUAUUAUAG